AUGCUGAAUUUAUAUUUAGACAGAGCGUAUCGCGGUAGUGUUCGGAGUGUUUCUACUCCUGGGCCGGCACGGAUUUCGAAAAGGGCGACGAGUAGUGUCUCGGACGAAAGCGUGGUAACAUCACGUGCAAUGUCAACGCCUAAUAAACCUAUUACUGAUCUCACUUUUGCUGAUCUAAAUUUAUCUGCAAUUCAAGGCGAUGCAAUCGGCAAUUUGCGCAAAUCAGGCCGAUCACGGAUAGGAUCGCGUAAAGAAAUGGGGAACAUUGAAGAAGAAGAAUAA